GGUUUGCCCUUCAAGACAGACGCGCAUACAGGCACACAUACAGGAAGCACUGCGAGCCUGAUCUCAACUGGGGUAGAAGGUGAAGGAAGGAGAAAUCACUUCUAUACGUGUGUGUGUGUGUGUGGAACGGAAUGGUUCACUCACGCAAAAACCUUUUCUUAUCUGGCUGCCGUGUUCCAUUUUUUUUUUGUGAUUUAACAAAAAGUGAAAGCAACGCGAGCCACAGGCUUCAGGUGUUUGCAUCAUCAUUCCUCUCUUUCCUCGAGCAUGGGCGUUUAUAAUGUCGUACUGAGCAACGCCUUUGUGGCCUUUCUCACCGCCCCCCUACGUCGCAUCCGCUACCUCGUCACCGUAGAGGAUGACUUGAUUGAGGAAGGCAUUCUACCGCCGCAGGGCUUCGGCAGCACGAUCGGGUGUCUGCGCUUUCUCUACCACGCUGGCGGUCGCUCCCUCGGUGUCUUCUACCGCGGCGCCAUGCUGGAAGUGGUAGGCUGCAUCGGCAAGUACGAGCUGCAGCGAAUUGUGGCGAUCCCCAUCGCCCGCCGCGUGCCGCUGCGCAUGCAACAUGCCGUUCUCGCUACCACCCUCUUACACACAGCCCUUGUGUACUUCACCGUGGCGCCGCUUCAGUGCGCGCUGGACACGAUCGCCGUCAACAGCGUCACAACCUUCACCGCAGAGGAGACAGGAGGAAAGCGUGCCUCGCCCGCACUGGAGCCAGUCCAAUCUGCCUCUGCGGAGAACGGUAAGAACGACCCGUCUUUACCGUCUUCGCCGGUGCGCCUGCGUUUCUCGGGUACGUGGGAUACCGCCAGGUACCUCGUCAGACACUUCCCUGUGCGGUCGAUGGUGAGCCGCCUCUACCUCUUAGAAUUCGGCUGCCGCUACGUGACCUCCUUAGCAAACAACAAGAUUCUAACCUGGUUGAUGAUGAGGGCGCAGAAGCACUACAACGGGACGGAAAUGACGGGUGUCCAGCGGCUUGUCUUGUACGCCGGCUGCCCGCUCGUCGCCUCCCUCGCGAUGAGUGUGCUGACCUACCCCUUCGCCACCUACCCCGUCGCGCACUUUCUGCGGCUGCGCUACUACGAGCGGUGCGCGGAGGAAACGGCGCGGAAGGCGGCGGAGGUGGCGCACGACUACCCGGUCUUCGCCCAGCACGGCGGCGCCACCGCGUCUCGCACAGCGGACGGCGACACGCACAAUAGUAGCAACAGUCAUAGCAGUACGUCCACGUCGUUGGCCGUCAGCGCCGACGGGCGCCGGAGGCCGGGCGAGGUGGAGCGCUUUUGGUGGGAGGAGGUUUUCUUCCGCUCCGUGCACUCUGAAGUACGCGACUUUCUGUGGAAGUCCAUGUACGGCCGGGAGGGCUGCGUCACCGCUCUCGCCUUCGCCUCUACCUCCACCACGCCGGUGACGGCCUCGCCGACGUCGGCGGCGGCGGCGCAGCAGUGCCCGGUUGGGGCGGGCGGUCGCAGCAGCGGCAAGCGCGGGAUACGACAGGUGUACCGCGGCUUUGGUCUUGUGGUGGUGUCGACACUGCUGUCUUCUGCGCUUGCCAUUGCGCUGAAUCGCGCGAUAGACUUCGCUGCACAUCACGCGCAGUAA